AUGUAUCGUGAUGCAAAUAUCUUUGACAUGCAUAAGACCCAAAUGAUAAAUACAGUAAACCGCUACAUGCAGCAGAAUGUGUCAGUUGCUUUAAAGUGGGAUUACAGUCUGACUACAGAAGAACAGAAUGCUGCAAAAAUUGCCUUUAUCAGGAUUUGGGAACGAGGCAACGAGUCACAUCGUGAGUCUGUUGCAUCGAAAAACUUUAUUACUGGCCAGUCAGUGGCUUAUGUUGAAGAUUUCGCACCACACAUCACCAUAAGCAGAUCAGAGGAGGCCACAUUGGUAAUUAAUGAGGUUGCUAAGGAAGAUGAAGGUGUUUACAAAUUCACAGUGCGCUUUCUGACGUUGGGUGAUCGUCGCAUUUCACGAAACUUUAGCCUGGAAGUUAGAGUGCAACCAACUCUUCAGUGUCCAAAGACAAUAAGAGUCACACAAGGAGAACAAGCUAUCAUUCCAUGCAUUGUCACUGGUGACCCAAAGCCAAACAUUACUUGGACCAAGGAGUCACAAUCUGGGAAUGUUAUUUCUAAAAAUUCAACUUUGGUGAUUGUGAAUGCACGCAUCUCCGAUGGUGGAACAUACCAUGUCAUCGCGAACAAUGGAAGGAGUACAAGUGUUUUGGUGGAAUUAGACAUUCUAUGUAAGUAA